GAACGAAUUAUUAUUAGUUUCAAUCGAUUAUUUAGUAAUUCGCCAAAGUUAGAUUUAUUCUUUCAUACUAGGUACGAAACGCGUACCGUACCCCAAAACUAAUAGUUCUUUUUUUUUUGUUUUGAAUAUCGCGCCCUUUCCUGCGCUUUCUCCGGCCGACAGGCGACUCUACACGUGAAUAUUGGUCGACAUAACCUGCACAAUUUGUUUUGUAAACUAGUCACAACGACGUUCAUCAACUGACAAUUUUUUGUUGACACAGUGGAAAUGGGUAGAUCGCGAAAAAAAAAGUUAAAAGACCUCCAGAAAUUUGCAAAAUGGGAUCGAGAAAUUGCAAUGGAGGACAACAAAAAAAUUAUUCCGAUCAACAAUUUACCAGAUAAAUAUUUGAUAAUGCAAGUGAAAUAUGGUACAAAGAUAAGGAAGGUAUUAGAGUACGCUAUAAAAAAUUUCUCCAAUUUCAAUGACACCAUUGUCUGGGAAGCAGAAGGGCAAGCAAUUGGUAAAGCCAUUACAUGCGCUGAGAUAUUCAAAAGAAAAAUUCCAAAUAUGCAUCAAUUGAAUCAUCUUUGCAAUGAAACGGCUGAAAUUGACCAAAGUGAAAAUAAAAAAGUGUCUUGCACACCUCACAUUUACAUUGUUUUAUGCAAAAGUAAUGUGCACUCUCAGAAACCUGGAUAUCAAGCACCAAAUGAUACAGGUAUUUUUGAUAGUUCUGAAAAUGAUAACUCUAAAAAUCAAAAUAAGGAUAGUAAUGUAACUGAAUCAGUAGCAUCAGAGGAGAAAGCAGAAAUAAUGAAAUCAGCGGCACAAGAGUUUACUUCAAUGGGGUUACAAUCAGCAUUAAAAAGACCUAAUAAAAACCCUUGUGAAGCUAGUGCAAAAAAAAAGAAAAAGAAAAAAUCUUCUGAUGAUAGUUAAGUUUCCAAGUCAUAAUUUUAAGAUUGUUAAAUUGUACAAAGCUAUAUUAAAUUAUUAUUUUUAUGUACUAUAGAAUGCAUAUAUUUAUAUUCUCGCUAUGUAAGACUAUAGUUAUUUCAUAGAUAAUUAAAUAUGAGUUACCUAA